AUGAAGAUACUCAGUUCUUUUGGAGUUAUUCUAGCACUAAGCAGCGCACUGUCUGGCGGAGCAUACGCAAAGUCAACUUCCUCUCAGUCAGGCCCAGCAGGAGUCAGAUCCCAGACGGCAAAUACUAAUAAGCCUGCUAUAAACUCAUACUAUGAUGAUAGCGAAGAGCCAGUAGCUCUGACUAAAAGCCAGGUAAACUUUAUAACUAACUUUAAAAACCUAAAGAAUGCAAAUGAUGUGGCAAGGGAGCUUGGUCUUCAGACUUGGGCUCGACUUACAGUAUAUGUCAGAAAGGGCGAGGGAAUAAAUCCACUCAUGGAGUUAGGGCCAAAUUCGAAAUCUAUAAUCCUAAAUUCUUUGGUUGAUAUAGCAACCAACACAAAGCCAGACUCAAAAGACUCUCUUCAUACAACACUCCCCGCUGAGUAUGAACAACUUCUAAAAGAGCAGCAGAGUACCUCUAAUACUGUCACGACCACUACAACAACCUCUACCACAAACAAAGGCGGCAACAGAAGCAGCAGUAAAGGGGGGCCCAGCACCACAUCUAAAGGAACAGCCAAGUUAGUUGAAGAGAAUGUUGAGGAAGAAGAAGAGUAA